GCGACAAAAAUAUAUGUAACUGUCAGUGAAAGUUUUCUUGCCUUAGAAAUCAACGUGAUCCACUGAUCUUCGCAUGUAAAACCCUUAGUAGAUCUCUAAACUGGAAAUAAAAUAAACCAUUUCACCAAACGCCAAAAAGUUCAAAAUUAAAGUCGAAUGAGACAAUAAUGGCAGGAAUCAAAACACUUGUAGCUCUUGCCUUUACCGGAUCUUUGGGUAUGACGCUUGUAAUCUUAGCUUGUGCUCUCAAUGCCUAUUCAAGUUGGUACCCAUUCCUCGUCAUUCUAUUCUACGUACUAUCCCCAAUACCAUUAAUGGUAGCGAGAAGAUAUCCUGAUGUAUCAAGCUCCAGUAAUAUAGGUAUGGAAAAUGCAGUAUUUCUGACGAUGGGAGCAGUAGUCAGUGCAUUCGCUCUGCCGAUAGUUUUAUCCAGAGUACCAAUCAUACAAUGGGGUGCAUGCUGUUUGACCCUAUCUGGUAAUGUAGUGGUUUAUGAGAAGCUCGAAGAAAUGGCAAGAUGCAAGAAAAUUUCCUUGAGGUGACAAAUUCAUAGCAUGAAG